AGCAGCGGCAGCAGCAGCAGCAGCAGCAAUAGCACCGCCACCUCCACGUCCACCACCGCCACCGGCGGGAGCAGCGGCAGCAAGCAAGUUCAGGCCGGCCCCAGCGGAAGCCGGACGCCCGCCCCGCACCAGCACCCGCCUCUCCACCAGCACCAACAUCACGAGAAGGAGACCCGGGAGAAGAGCUGCUGCCCGGCCCUCCUCCACCACAAAAGCCCCCAGACCCCCCUCGGCAAAGGCGUCCUGAGCAGGAGACCGGAGAAUGAGACUGUUCUACACCAGUUUUGCUGCCCAGCAGCUGAUGCAGAGCAGAAGCCUUCAUCUGCAGACUCCUCUUCAAGUGACGAUCCCUGCGGAUCAGCCAGCAAGAAACCCGGGUGUGAUGCGGAGGAUCCGAAGGAGGCCGGCAGACACAGUGGCCAGGAAGGCAGGUCCGACACCUUGAAGUUAAAAGCCCGGCAUGCGGAGCAGCAGGAAGAGCAGGCAGCGGGUUGCUCCCUUUUGGUGCAGAAGGCCAGUCUCCACCACACGGGUUCCCCCGUGCGAGGGCAGCGUGGCAAAGGGGCAGCCACUUGUUCCCAUGCCGCUGCCUCUGAUUAUGAGCUCUCCCUUGACUUAAAGAAUAAACAGAUCGAAAUGCUAGAGCACAAAUAUGGAGGCCACCUGGUCUCUCGGAGGGCAGCCUGUACUAUCCAGACUGCCUUCCGCCAGUACCAGCUCAGCAAAAACUUUGAGAAGAUACGGAACUCGCUCCUAGAGAGUCGCAUGCCCCGGCGGAUUUCACUGAGAAAAGUAAGAGUCCAGAACUCUGAAAGUUUUUCUGCUGAGAAAGCUUUGAUGGAAGGAUAUAACUUUGUUGGCAUCCCCUUGGUGAGAUCUCCAUCUUUGCCAGCCACCAUCAGUGGGGCGCUGACUGAACUGGAGGACUCUUUCACCGAGCAAGUCCAAUCUUUGGCCAAAUCAAUAGAUGAUGCCCUCAGCACGUGGAGCCUGAAGACGAUGUGUUCCCUUCAAGAUGGCAGCUCCUACCAGAUAAGAGAAACAUUCAGUACUAGUGCAAUGCAACCAAAGCAAGACUUAGAAGCUGAACUGAAGGAUCAACCAAAGGAGGAAGGCCUGUUGCCUGAUACACUGCCAAAGAGCAGCAGCACCCUCAUGAUGGCUUUCCGGGAUGUCACCGUCCAGAUUGAUAACAAGAACAUCUCUGUGUCCUCAUCUACCUCGGUGUCUAUGGCCAACUGCCUUGCCAACAACACCCAGGCUGGGAUUUCUCAAGCUGCCAAAAUAGAAGAAAUCCCGGAGGAAAUGGGGAAGGAGGUCCAAGAGCCCCAAGGUGCUCCGGAAGGGCAGCCCGAUCCUGAAAUGCUCCAAAAUAGUCACACAGUCGCUGAGGGGACCGUCAACACUAAUGGCUUGGAAGGGGGGGAGGCGGAGCAAGAACAAAGGAUGGUGCAGAAGCUUGAGUUUGGAUCUAACAAUGAGACGGGACAGAACAAGGGUUCAGAGGCUGAAAAUGUGGACAACUCAGAGCAGCUGAGCAGCAGCAGCACCUCCACCUCAGCCAAGUCUGCCUCCGAGUUAUCUUCGAAGGAAGCUCUGCAGGCCAUGAUUUUGAGCCUUCCCCGAUACCACUGUGAGAAUCCGGCCAGCUGCAAAUCUCCAACUCUUUCCACAGAUACCAUGAGGAAGAGGCUGUACCGCAUUGGGCUAAACCUCUUUAACAUAAAUCCAGACAAGGGGAUCCAAUUCCUUAUUUCCCGGGGCUUCAUCCCAGAUACACCAAUUGGAGUGGCACACUUCCUGUUGCAGCGCAAGGGGCUCAGCCGACAGAUGAUUGGGGAAUUCCUUGGGAACAGCAAGAAACAGUUCAACCGGGAUGUCCUAGACUGUGUGGUAGAUGAAAUGGACUUCUCUGGCAUGGAACUUGAUGAAGCUUUGCGGAAAUUCCAGGCCCACAUUCGAGUGCAGGGAGAGGCACAGAAGGUGGAACGGUUAAUUGAAGCCUUCAGCCAGCGGUACUGCAUGUGUAACCCAGAUGUGGUCCAGCAAUUCCAUAAUCCUGACACCAUUUUCAUACUGGCUUUCGCCAUCAUUCUUCUUAACACGGAUAUGUAUAGUCCUAAUAUCAAGCCUGACAGGAAGAUGAUGUUGGAAGACUUUAUUCGGAACCUGAGGGGAGUGGAUGAUGGGGCCGAUAUUCCGCGGGACUUGGUGGUGGGAAUUUAUGAGAGGAUCCAGCAGAGAGAACUCAAAUCCAAUGAGGAUCAUGUAACCUAUGUUACCAAAGUGGAAAAAUCGAUAGUUGGCAUGAAAACGGUUUUGUCAGUGCCGCAUCGCCGAUUAGUCUGUUGCAGCCGGUUAUAUGAAGUAACAGAUGUGAACAAAAUGCAGAAGCAAGCCGCUCACCAGAGAGAGGUUUUCCUCUUCAAUGACUUGCUGGUGAUUCUCAAGCUCUGUCCCAAGAAGAAAAGCUCCUCCACUUACACAUUUUGCAAGUCAGUUGGGCUGUUAGGAAUGCAAUUCCAUCUCUUUGAGAACGAAUAUUACCCCCAUGGCAUCACUUUGGUGACUCCUGUUUCAGGCUCAGAGAAGAAACAGGUACUCCAUUUCUGUGCUCUGAGUGCAGAAGAAAUGCAGAAAUUUGUAGAAGACCUAAAAGAGUCAAUAGCAGAGGUGAUGGAGCUAGAACAGAUUCGAAUUGAAUGUAAGGCUCCCGGCGUGGUCCAGACUCCAUGCAGUCAUUCUGUCUGGGAACUGGAGAAGCAGCGUGGGUCAAAGAAUAUUUCCUUAAAGGCCAAUGGGGCUCAGAUGGAAACACAAUCGAAGCAAGGAUCUCCAACAGGAAAAAAAGAUUUGGGAGAGAAGGUCCCGGACAACACAGUGGAGGUGUCAAUUCACAACAGGCUUCAAACGUACCAGCACAACUCUGUCCCGGGGCUCGAGAGUGGAAUGCAGCGCAGCACGCCUCCUAACAUGCCGCGGGAGAGGCUGGAGACAGCGUUGGUGCCCUCUUACCCUGCCUCGGCGGGGACGCUUGUACAGUGCCAGCAGAUUGUCAAAGUUAUAGUCUUGGACAAGCCGUGCCUCGCUCGUAUGGAGCCGGCCCUCAACCAGACUCUGACACGCUACGUGUCCUCUGAUUCCUGCAGCUCGACCCCGUUGCGUGGCCUAGGCAGUGGGCUCCAAGGCACCCCAGUGAAAAUCAUCCAUCAGCCCCCGCUUCCACCUCCGCCGCCACCCUACAACCACCCGCACCAGACCUGCCCCCCCAGCUCCUUGCUUCAGAGGCGCAGAUACUCCAGCGGCUCACGCAGUCUAGUGUAGCAGAUCCACCAGCACUAGCCAAAA